AUGGGGAGCGUGAACGUGUACGGGCCGCCCGCAUCGACGGCGGUGGCAAGGGUGCUGGCCUGCCUGCUGGAGAAGGAGGUAAAGUUUCAGCUCAUCCCCGUCAACAUGGCCAAGGGGAAGCACAAAGCCCCCGAAUACCUCAAGAUCCAGGUAGAUUCUCCGAGCUCCCCACCCUCGAAUGUGAAAAACUAGAAAGCCCCCUUUCGUUGAUGGUAAUCUGGGAUCUGUCGGACGGUCUGAGUCAAUCCCGUGGGUUCUUCUUCUUCUGCAACAGCCCUUCGGCCAGGUACCCGCCUUCCAGGAUGAGAGUAUCACCCUCUUCGGUAUGGCCUCCUGUACACCGCAACAAUCUGAAUCGAUGCUCCGAGAAUGUGGGGAAUCAUCUUUGGAAAUCUUUUGCAGAGUCUAGGGCCAUAAGCCGGUACCUUUGCGACAAGUUCGCCGACAAGGGCAACAAGGGUUUGUUCGGCAAUGGCCUGCUGGAGCGGGCGUCGAUCGAGCAAUGGCUGGAAGCGGAGGCGCAGUCCUUCAACCCACCGAGCUCCGUGCUCGUCUUCCAGUUAGCGUUUGCGCCGCGCAUGAGGUUGAAGCAGGACCCGGCCGUCAUUGAGCAGAAUGAGGGGAAACUGGCGAAGGUGUUGGACGUGUACGAGAAUCGGCUGGAGGAAAGCAGGUUCCUGGCCGGGGACGACUUCACGCUCGCCGACCUCUCCCACCUCCCCAACGCCCAGUAUAUCACCGGCACCGACCGGGGGCAUCUUCUGACCUCCAGGAAGAACGUGAACAGGUGGUGGGAGGAGAUAUCGAGCCGGCCCUCUUGGAAGAAAGUGGUCGAGAUGCAGAAGGCUCCCCCUUCUUGA